GCCCCGGGGUCCCUCGUCACCGCCCCCGCCGCGCCUUCCGGACUUGGUCCGAGCCCCAGCCCCGACCCCAGCCUCGUCCGCGCCCCUAACCCCGCCUCCGGGUCGCGUCAGAGCCUCAGCCACGCCUUCCGUGCUAGGGCUUGGUUCCUAGGACCAUCCUCCGCGCUCGGUCCAGGUCGCCGGGACCCGACCAUGUCCCCGCCGGAGGAAAGCUGAAACUCUCCGCCCGCCGUCGGAGGCGGCGGCCACCGCCCUGCCGGCACCCCCGCCACCCGCUGGCGCCCCCGGGGCGAGAUCCCGAAUCCCCUCAGCCGCAAGCGGAAGUGCGUGUCGGCGGAUCAUGGCGACUUUGGCCGACCUGCCGGACUCAGUCCUGUUGGAGAUCUUCUCUUACCUCCCGGUCCGGGACCGGAUCCGCAUCUCCAGGGUUUGUCACGGCUGGAAGAGGCUGGUGGACGACCGGUGGCUCUGGCGACAUGUCGACCUGACGCUGUACACGAUGCGGCCUAAAGUCAUGUGGCACCUCCUUCGCCGGUACAUGGCAUCCCGGCUCCAUUCCUUGCGGAUGGGUGGCUACCUGUUCUCAGGCUCCCAGGCCCCCCAGUUGUCCCCCGCCUUGAUGAGGGCCUUGGGCCAGAAAUGCCCCAACCUGAAGCGCCUCUGCCUACACGUGGCUGACCUGAGCAUGGUGCCCAUCACCAGCCUGCCCUGCACCCUGAGGACCCUGGAGCUGCACAGCUGUGAGAUCUCCAUGGCCUGGCUCCUCAAGGAGCAGGACCCCACCGUGCUGCCCUUGCUCGAGUGCAUUGUGCUGGACCGUGUCCCUGCCUUCCGAGACGAGCACCUGCAGGGCCUGACACGCUUUCGUGCCCUGCGGUCACUGGUGCUCGGCGGCACCUACCGUGUGACAGAGACAGGGCUGGAUGCGGGCCUCCAGGAGCUGAGCUACCUGCAGAGGCUGGAGGUGCUAGGUUGUACCCUCUCAGCUGACAGCACCCUCCUGGCCAUCAGCCGCCACCUCCGAGAUGUGCGGAAGAUCCGGCUGACCGUGAGGGGCCUCUCUGCCCCUGGCCUGUCGGUCUUGGAGGGCAUGCCAGCCCUGGAGAGUCUGUGCUUGCUAGGCCCUCUCAUUACCCCAGAAAUGCCUUCCCCAGCUGAAAUCCUCUCUUCCUGCCUCGCCAUGCCCAAGCUCAGGGUCCUUGAGCUGCAGGGGCUAGGGUGGGAGGGUCAGGAGGCUGAGAGGAUCCUGUGUAGGGGACUGCCCCACUGUAUGGUCAUCGUUAGGGCCUGCCCCAAAGAGUCCAUGGACUGGUGGAUGUGACUACCACCUGUCCAUCUCAGCUUUCAUUGGGGAGCCCCACACCCUCUGAAUGGCACCUUGCAGAGGGCCUGUAGUCAGGCCGACAGGGCCUGAAAGCCACAGGUAGAGAGAACCGAGGCCUUGGGGCCUCCAGACAAUUGGAAUCCCUGUUUGCCAGUUGUUUGGCCUCUGUGGCAUCAGCCAGCCUCCUGGAGGGCCCGUCCCCACAUCUGGAAAUGGGGAAGAUCAUAGCUACCUCAUGGUUAUGUUGCAAAGCCUUAACUCUUUAGCAGCCCUGGGCCAAAAGGGUCCUUGAUGAAGGGUUGUUCUCAGGAACAGGAUGGAUGCAGAAGGGUAGGGCUAGGAGUUAGGGGGACCUGAGAGGCCAAGGCCCCUUAGGAGGCCUGGAAAGACUGUCUAUGUGCACCCACACACCGACACACCAUUGAUAGACCUACUUGCACACGAGGGACAUGAUGAGAAGCCAAUCAGGACUUAGGCUUUGAUAAUCAAAAAUGUUAAUGAAGGUUCUAAGUUGUAUUUUCAGUACUUGGUAUUCUGUAUUUUUCAAUUUUUCCACAAUAUAUAUUAUUUUGCUAUUAAAGAAAAAUAAUUUUU